CUCCUCGUCGCCGGAGGUUUCUCAGGUGUCCUGCUCGUUCGCUACCUUCCCAAACUUAUGCCUGCUGUUACAACCGAUAGCAGACCCGGAGCAUAAAGGAAAACCAGCGGACACUACAGCUGUUGAGGAAUCGGGUGAGAGAGCGGGGGAUUCGCGAGAGGCUGAAUAAAUAGGUUAGUGGAGCAUAAUGCUGCUGUCAUCGGUACCCAAGCGCAUGCUGAUGCGAAGGUCGCGCAGCCUGUCGCCCUGUCGCGCGCUGCAGACCACCGGAGCCGACGCGUCUUGCACCACGGGACGCCAGGCUAUGCGGGAGGCAGCGGACGCCAACCGGAAUCCCCUCGUGUCCACGUCCAGAGUCUCGAGGAAGGGCAUUCUGAGCGAGGAGGCUAGCAGCUCGGCGAAUGUGACCCCGCACGUGCAGUACCACCACCUCGCCACGCGGUGGCUGAACAACCUGCAGGGCCGCCGGAGCUCGUGGGCCGCGCUCGCCAGCAGGGGGCGCGAGCAGAACUACUGGGAAGGAGCGCGCGGCAGAGAGGGCCGCUCGUCAGGGGCCGCGAGCGCAGGCGUGCUGUCGGCCGCCGCCAUCGCCUUUUGCCUGAAGAAAGACUCCAACUCCAAAGGUGACACACUUCUGCAAGCUGCAAGGACCAGUAGUUCUCAGGAAGUUCUCAGGUUACUGGCGGAGGGUGUGGAUGUUAACCAUCGGCAUAAGCUGGGCUGGACUCCUCUCAUGGUAGCGGCAAUGAACAGACAACACAAUGUGGUGAAGGUGCUGUUGGAGAAAGGGGCGGAUCCUAACCUGGGCGAUGACUUCAGCAGUGUGUAUGAAAUCUCCCGGGAGAAGAGCCUCCAUUCUCUGGAGGUGUUGGUGACGCGGGAGGAUGAGUUCAGCGCUCGCCUGAGUUCCAGGGCCAACUUCAGAGGCUGCACUCCGCUGCACUACGCCGUACUGGCAGACGACCUCACCACCGUACGCACGCUGCUGGAGGCAGGCGAUCAGGAGGAAGGAGAAUGGCUGGUAUGAUGAAGAGCAUCCGUUGGUCUUCCUCUUCCUCGGCUCCUCCGGCAUUGGUAAGACAGAACUGGCAAAGCAGGUGGCUCGAUACAUGCACAAAGACAUCAAGAAGGGUUUUAUACGGAUGGACAUGUCCGAAUUCCAGGAAAAACAUGAGGUGGCUAAGUUCAUCGGCUCUCCCCCGGGGUAUGUGGGCCAUGAGGACGGCGGUCAGCUGACCAAGCGUCUGCGCGACUGCCCCAACGCCGUCAUCCUGUUCGACGAGGUGGACAAGGCCCAUCCCGACGUGCUCACCGUCAUGCUGCAGCUCUUCGACGAGGGGAGGCUGACGGACGGUAAGGGCAGGACUAUAGAGUGUAAGGGCGCUGUGUUCAUCAUGACCUCUAACGUGGCCAGUGAGGAUAUUGCGCAACACGCGCUGGACCUGCGCAGAGAAGCUCAGGAGCUGAGCCGCCGACGCCUGGCCGACAAACUGGAAGAGGUUCAGAAGAGCAGUCAAAUCACCAUCUCCAAACAGUUUAAAGAAGAGGUCAUACGUCCCAUUCUGAAGGCUCAUUUCCGUAGGGACGAGUUUCUAGGGCGCAUCAGUGAGAUUGUUUACUUCCUGCCGUUCUGCCAUGCUGAGCUCAUUCAGCUCGUGAGCAAGGAGCUCAACUUCUGGGCCAAGAAGGCAAAGCAAAGGCACAACAUCACGCUGCUGUGGGAUCCGCCAGUCUUGGACCUCUUGGCAGGCGGCUACAACGUCCACUACGGGGCUCGCUCCAUCAAACACGAGGUGGAGCGCUGUGUGGUGAACCAGCUGGCCGCUGCCUAUGAGCAGGAGCUCCUCCCUAAAGGCUGCACGCUCCGCCUCUCUGUGACGGGAUUGGACGAGCAGCAGGGAGGGGACACGGGAUUGGACGAGCAGAAGAGAGGGGCGGAGCCAACGCUGCGGCUGGAGGUGGUUGGAGACGACAGCUCGACACGCACGCUGGAGAUACGCCCCCCCCUCAACCCAGAACAGAUGGGCUACGCUCGCUAACACACACACACACAUACUCAGGACAUACAAACCAAACAAUGAUCUACUGGGAGAGGGAUACACACACACACAUAUACACACACACACACACACACAAAUAUACACACACAGGACAUACAAACCAAACAAUGAUAUAGUGGAAGUGGGAUACACACACACACACACACACACACACACACGCACACGCUCACCAUCACCGGCAUGCUAACUUCAUGUACACGCAUUCACAGUAAAGCAUACCCACCAUUCUCAUCAUCACUCACCACAACAUCUCUCUCCCUCACACACACACACACACACACACACUCAAUCACAGACCCCUGCCCAUUCCAUUCAUGCAUAUCUAGUCACUUCAGUGGUGCUAGCCUACCCAGUGCUGGCACAUUGGCUCCUCCUCUUUGUCACCGCCCUAACACACACACACACGGAAGAGAACACUUUGUCCUUCAACUCUUCUAAUCAGUCAAUAAAGACCAAGUGGACUGCAA